AUGGAAGACGGUUAUUCCCAGUUCCAGCGGCCUCCCACAUCCACCCGAAAGCACCGUUUUGCCUGGUGGACUCGCAAAACUUCCGCAAACGAUGUGGUCAGACUCAUACAUAAAACCAACAAACGCAACAAGGCACUCACCAAGGCUAUGGAUAAACAAAGAACUGCGUUGCAAAUGUGGGCGUCGGCGCUACCCCGGGAGGAAUCCAGAAAUAUGGUUUUCAGGUACAUUGAGCUUUUGGACGCCGUAGGAGGCAUGUAUAAGGUGGAAGAGAGUCCAGGGACGGUUAAGGCUCAAAUGGAGGUUGUGGGCGGCAGGGAAACCCGAAUUGAAGAACUCACAACAAAACAUGACAAGCUUGGGAAGGCAAAAGACGCCCUUACAGCGAAAUACGGGCCCAGGUGCUUCCAAGUGAUGGAGCUUGAGGAUGAGAUUGGUGAGACCAAGUCGAGGAUAUAUCUGACACAGCAGCAACUUGAAACGGCUAUAAACGGCGGGUUGAAGGCGUCGUUGGUGGAAUAUAGCGAUUGGAUUCAUCGGCAGGCCGUUCAGGUCCAGUUUUCGGUGGUUAACUUGAACCUGUGCUUGGGACACGAAGAGAGCGCUAGCGGCAUGGAAAAUGGGUGUUUUGAGAUCCUUUCACCUGUAAAAGAAAGACACGAGGCUGGAGAAGGCGAUGGAGGUGUUUCUGGGAUGAACGAACGGGAAAUUGCCAAAUUGGGACAAGUAUCACCAGAUUUUGGCCAAUCGCCAGAAACAACGCUCCACGGGCCGCCAACGCCUCAAUCUUUGACGGCAAAGAGGAUUCGAGUUCCUUCGUUGUUUGAGAAAGCCCUGGCGUUGUUGAAGAGUGGGAAAGUUGGGGAAAUUGGGGAAAUUGGGGAAUCUGGGGAAAGUGAAAAAAGUGAAAAUUCAGACCAGCCAGAAGAACCAGAAACAGAAGCAAAGGAAGAACCCAGAAAGUUUCCCAUGAAUCCAAAAGAUAUCAAGGCCCGUUUGAAUAGGCUUUCCCUUGAAAGAAAGAAGGAAAGUUUGAGCCCCGGAACGAAAAUGGCCCAGGCUCGUUUGGAAGCUGAAAAGAUCAACAGAACCGAGUUACACAGCGAAUGGGCCAACGUCGCCCUGGAAGAAAAGAAGCACCGUUUCUUCUGGAACAGGUCGUUCGACGGUUGGUGA